AGAGAUAACAGCUGAGAAUCACGCGUCUCCCGCCAAAACAGCAGUAAUCUCGUGCAUUAACGCGCGCAUUUAUAUACAUCUGCCGUGCGUCACACUCUCCAUUUGCAAGCAACAAGCGGAGUGAAAUUGUCAAAUAUAUUUUUCGCCGACAAUAAAUAAUUUUAAUUUAACUUUUAAAAAUAUAAAUAUCAAGUGCUUACCAAAAUGACGGGCAAAGACAAGAGAGAAAGGAUGUUUGUGGUUAAACGGAAUGGAGAAAAAGAAGAGGUUCAUUUUGAUAAAAUCACCACCAGGAUCGAAAAACUAUGUUAUGGCUUAGACAUGGAUUAUGUGGAUCCGCCGGCGAUAACAUCAAAAGUAAUCGAUGGUCUUUAUGCUGGUGUGACAACAGUUCAAUUAGAUAAUUUAGCUGCUGAAAUAGUUGCUACUAUGACAACAAAGCAUGCUGAUUACGCUAUAUUGGCAGCUAGAAUUGCUGUAUCUAAUCUUCAUAAAGAAACUAAAGCUAGUUUUAGUGAGGUAAUGAACGAUCUACACAAUGCAAUUGAUGAGAAGACAAAAGAGCACGUCCCAGUAAUCAGUAAGCAUCAUAACGACAUAAUCCAAAAGCACAAAGAUGUGCUAGACGCAGUGAUAAACUACGACCGUGAUUUUGGCUACAAUUUCUUUGGUUUCAAGACACUGGAGCGUAGUUAUUUAUUGAGAAUAAACGACAAAAUAGUCGAGCGUCCUCAGCAGAUGUUGAUGCGAGUUGCCGUAGGAAUCCACGAAGAAGAUAUUGAUAAGGUCCUUGAAACUUAUGAGCACAUGUCCCAGAAAUACUUUACGCAUGCAUCGCCAACUCUUUUUUCAGCUUGUACUAUGACCCAACAAAUGUCUAGUUGUUUCCUGCUGACCAUGAUCGAUGACAGUAUCGAGGGAAUCUACGACACGAUAACCAACUGCGCGGUAAUAAGUAAAUGCGGCGGCGGAAUCGGUCUGAGCAUCCACUGUAUCCGCGCUAAAAACACCCCAAUUCAGAGUACCAACGGCGUAUCAAACGGCUUAGUACCAAUGCUGCGUGUAUUCAACAACACAGCUCGCCACGUUGAGCAAUUCGGCAACAAGCGACCGGGCGCCUUUGCAAUCUACAUCGAACCCUGGCACUCAGACAUCCUGGACGUACUGGACCUAAAAAAGAACACCGGAAAAGAAGAAUACCGCGCCCGGGAACUAUUCUACGGGCUCUGGAUCCCUGAUUUAUUUAUGCAGCGUGUUAAAGACAACGGCAAAUGGAGCUUGAUGUGUCCUCACCAAUCUCCUGGUCUUCAUGAUUCAUGGGGUGAAAAAUUCGAGGAAAUCUACACUAAAUACGAAGAGCAGGGUCGUUAUGUCCGUCAAGUCGAAGCUCGUGAUAUUUGGAUGGCGAUACUUAAGUCCCAAGUCGAAACCGGAACUCCUUACAUGGUCUACAAAGAUCACUGCAAUCGCAAGUCUAACCAUCAACAUCUCGGUACAAUUAAAAGCAGUAAUUUAUGCACUGAAAUUAUUGAAUACUCUAGUCCGGAUGAAAUAGCAGUCUGUAAUUUAGCUUCAAUUGCCGUGAAUAAAUUUGUCGACACAACAAAUUACACUUACGACUUUGAAAAAUUAAAAGCAGUCACUAAAAUAGUCACCAAAAAUUUAGACCGGGUAAUUGACGUCAAUUGUUAUCCUUUACCCGCGGCUGAAAAUUCUAACCGCAAGCACCGUCCGAUGGGCAUCGGCGUCCAGGGUCUUGCAGAUGCUUUCAUAUUGAUGCGCUAUCCUUUCGAGAGUGAGGAAGCUCAAAAAUUAAAUAUCCAAAUUUUUGAGACUAUUUAUUACGGAGCUCUAGAAGCCAGCUGUGAAAUGGCUCAAGAAAAAGGCACCUAUGAAACUUACAAGGGUUCUCCAGUUAGUAAAGGUAUUUUGCAGUACGACAUGUGGAAUGUAAAGCCGACUGACUUGUGGGACUGGUCGGAGCUAAAAGCUAAAAUUGCGGAACACGGGUUGAGAAAUUCUCUUUUAUUGGCUCCUAUGCCUACAGCAAGUACUGCCCAAAUUUUGGGGAAUAAUGAAUCUAUUGAACCGUACACUAGCAAUGCAUACGUAAGGCGCGUUUUGUCUGGAGAGUUUCAGGUUGUUAAUCCACAUUUACUUAAAGAUUUGGUUAAACACAAUUUGUGGAACGAUGAUAUGAGGAAUGAAAUCAUUGCUAACAAUGGAUCUGUUCAGGAGAUUGAAUCUAUUCCGGAUGAUCUGAAGAAAUUGUACAAAACUGUCUGGGAAAUUUCCCAGAAGACUGUUUUGAAGAUGGCUGCUGAUAGGGGCGCUUUUAUUGACCAAUCUCAGAGCCUUAAUGUUCACAUGGCUGAACCCACUACGGGGAAAUUAACUUCCAUGCACUUUUAUGGGUGGGAAAUUGGGUUGAAGACUGGGAUGUAUUAUUUACGGACCAAGCCUGCGGCUAGUGCUUUACAGUUUACUGUUGAUAAAACUAGGCUGCCUAAUUACCGUCCUAAUAAAGAGUUGAAUGAUAGCAGUUCGGCUGAGCCUGGUAAAAAUGGGGAAGAGGAACCUAAAGAAGAGGAGAAAGAAGAAGAAGAAGAUCCGGUACUUGUUUGUUCAAGGGAGAAUGGGGAAGCUUGUAUGGCUUGCAGUGGAUGAUUGUUUUUUUUUAUUUUCCAUUUUUCUUAAUUUUUCAGUUAAUUUUUAUUAAUUAGUACUUAAGAUAAGAGCACUUUGUUAAAUAGUAUUAAUGCAUAUCGAUGUACACGGUAUGAAGUUCUAAAUAAAUUACCAGCAUUU